CCACAAGCGACUCAUUAAGAGAUCCUAAGUGGCUUUUGGCUUUCUGCGCCACUCUUAAAAAGCGACCAGAGGAGUAUAUAUAGGCAUUGGUGAAGUGGACCAGCAAGAAGACGCAUCGAAAUCAGACUUUGGCGAAUUUACCAUUCAACAACAGCAAAGAUGAGCGGAGCAACCGUGUCCAUGUGCCUGUAUUUCCUCCUGUCUGUAUGCUCGGCGUGCUACAUCUCCAACUGUCCCAUUGGCGGGAAACGUUCCAUCAUGGAUGCCCCUCUGCGCAAGUGCAUGUCAUGCGGUCCCGGGGACAGGGGCCGCUGCUUCGGCCCCAACAUCUGUUGCGGUGAUGGCUUCGGUUGUCUGCUGGGCUCCCCGGAAUCUGCCCACUGCCUGGAGGAGAGCUACCUGCUCACCCCCUGCCAGGCUGGAGGGAGAUCCUGCGGAUCUGAAGGUGGCCGCUGCGCCGCUUCGGGUCUCUGUUGUGAUGCAGAGAGCUGCAGCGCAGACCAGUCGUGUCUCACGGAUGAGGAGGCGGAUGAUCAAUUGGGCCAAUACGAUGGCGGUGACACCGGUGACAUCAUCGUGAGGCUCCUUCAUCUGGCCGCUCGUGCAACUCCUCAUCGACUCGGUCAGUGAGUUGACGCUGAGGGGCGGAGGCGCCCCGUAGACCUUUAGUGCAUAUUAAUAUUAUUAGUUGUCCAUUUGAACCUCUUGUCUACAUAUUUUUUUAUGUUUUAAAACACGAGGUGGAUACUGACAGUCAUCCAUCUAUCUUGCAUGUUGAAAUAAAGUUUUGAGGAAGACAAAAAAAA